UUUUGGCCUCAAGGGAGUCAAAUCACUUUCGGGGAAGACAAGUAAAAUUUAUUAUUAUUUGAGUUCAUCGAUCAAAUCUCUCUUUCUCUCCUCCUCCGCCCGCCGGAGUAAAGAUCCUCCCUAUUACAGCCAGAAUUUGCACAACUGUCCAUCAAAAUUGGAACCAAAUCUUAUUAAUGGGAGACGACGGUCCACGGAAACUCAAAUUCUAUUCAGAUCACUUUCAAGUCUCAUCAUCUAGUGCUGCUGCUCAAACCACAUCUUCAUCAUCUUCAUGCCCAAACUCUAGCAAUUCUGUUAGUUCAAACAGUGACAUCUCGACUGGAAGAAAACUGAAAACUGCUGCAUCCAUGUUGAAUUUCUUCAGCGUACCUAAGUUACCAUGGAGUCCUGGCAGUCAGGAAAAGGUGGUACUAACUGUUUCUGAAGUGGAAUGUCUUAGAUCAGAACUUGCUGACUUAGAAGAAAGAACAGCUCUUUUAAAAGCUCAAUUGCACCAUCUGGAUGGAAUUUUACAGUCUGCUCGUCUUUCGGGCUAUCUUUACAUUCGAACUAGAUGGGCGGCAUUACCUGGAGAAGUAGCUCCCCCCCUUGAUGAUUUAGAGAUAGAUGAUUGGCUUCCUCGCUUCCUUGUUCUUCAUGGUCAAUGCAUAUUCUUCUUUUUGUUAUCCACAGAUAUUAGUCCACAGGAUUCUACCCUACUUGCUGAUAUUAUUGAAGUUGGUCGUAUGUCGUGUUUUACAACAGAGGAUGAGGAAACUCGGCAUUGCUUUUAUAUUUUAACUCGUCAAGGACUUCGAUACGAGUGUUGUAGCAAUUCCAAAAUACAGGUACUUCCAAUUCUUUUACUCUUCAAUAUUGUUAUGCACAUGGUUAUUCAGUCAGAUUUCUCUCCAUCAACGAAGAAGAAGAUGAGCUUCCAGUUCGGCAGAUCUGCUUCUCGAGCCAUAAGGUCUCUUCUCUCUGCUUCUAAGCAGAAUUCUCGUAUCCUUACUGAAAGCCAAGUGGCUCCUGCUGCAGCAGUUCUAUCAAGAGGAAAACUGCUUUCUGUAGCUUCAUUGUUCAAAACUGGAUCUGAAAAUGCAUCCAGAGGAUGGAUUUCUGGAGCACUCGCCCUUCCUGCUGCAGUUUACAUGCUCAAGGAGCAGGAAGCAAAUGCAGCUGAGUUUGAGCGCACUUUCAUCGCUAUCAAACCUGAUGGAGUUCAGAGAGGGCUGAUUUCGGAAAUCAUAUCUCGAUUUGAAAGGAAAGGUUUCAAGCUUGUGGCUAUCAAGAUAGUAGUACCCUCCAAGGCUUUUGCUGGAAAACAUUACCAUGAUCUGAAAGAGAGACCCUUUUUCAAUGGUCUUUGUGAUUUUCUUAGCUCUGGCCCUGUUGUUGCAAUGGUUUGGGAAGGCGAGGGAGUGAUUAAGUAUGGCCGCAAGCUUAUUGGAGCAACAGAUCCUCAGAAAUCAGAACCUGGAACCAUUAGAGGUGAUCUAGCUGUUGUUGUUGGAAGAAAUAUCAUUCAUGGAAGUGAUGGUCCUGAGACGGCUAAAGACGAGAUUGCGUUGUGGUUUAAGCGAGACGAGUUAACCAAUUACACGAGCAAUGCAGAGAAAUGGAUCUAUGGAGUCAACUGAUUUUUUUAUUUUUUCAUGUUCUUCUUCUUCCCAAGAUCAGGAGCUGGUUAGAAAAAAAAACAGUUACAAUAAGAAUAAAAAAAAAAUCAGGUCUGGUCCGGUUUGGUCGUUGAUGAUAAUAAGUAAUGUCCUUUUGACAUUCAAAUAAUACUAAGUUAUAUGUUUAUGGAAGUUCUUUGUUUCUUAUAUGAAAAAAAUCAUUAAAAUUAUUAUAAUUUUACAA